CCUCACUGUGCGUUAGACACAUAAAAAAGCCAUGUAGCCACUGAUAGCAUUAAGCUUAAAUGUACACAUGAAUUUACAUAUUUUCAUGAGAAAUGGAUCCAGUAUUACCGGGUUUUCAUGAAAGUAUCGCACAACAAGUGAUUGAUGAUAGAGAUGGACAGAACUCCAACUUUUAUCCCUUGAAGCAGAAAAUUGUUCAAGAGACAGCAGGGAAGACAGGGAUUCAGAAUGUCACCUCCCCUGAUCCCAAUGGACCCUAUAAACAGGUCAUGCAGGGGAAGCGUAUUGUGCAGCAAAACCAGGACCCGAGGAAGGAGGAGUUCCUGUUUGCAGGAGACCAAGAAGAGGAGUCUGUCCCAGACACGUUGAAGAACUUAAACGUGAGACCAAGGGGAACUAUAGCGGAAGCCACAGUAGUGAAAAGCCCCACCAUCCACAGUGAUGGCAACAGCUUCCAUGAUGUGAACAGGGUCAAGGUCAAGCUCAGCGUGGAAGAGGAGAGUGUUGACACAGCGAUAGAUUUACAGGGCUCCAGAUAUCUGUGCGUGGUGCUUGGGUCCAGCAAGGAUGUGUCACUGUUGUUCAAUAAACAGAAAAAAGGAACAUAUGGAGUUAUUUUGGACAGAGGCAUGAAACCAUCUCCACAAGGACCAUGGAAAAGAAUUCCAGGUUAUUAAAGAGUUGGGUCGUGGAGGGUUUGGCCAAGUCGACCUCUGUGAACACAGGUCUGGGAAGAAGUAUGUGAACAAGAAG